AGCCGCUCUACCCCCACCACUGACGCGAGCGUCGACGAACUCGGGAGCCAAUCAGCGCAGCGACUUGACCCCACCAUCGGCACGAAGUGACGCGCACGACGAAGCAACAGUGCGAACAGGGUAGCCAACCCAGUGAAAACAAUAGCCAUUCAUGCGGAUCAAUCGCACUCGAUAUGAACGCACCGAGGCAAUGCGUGCUGGAAUGCAUAACACGCGGGCCGUUGCCCGGUCAAGCCUUAUGGUCAGUCGGCACUUGACAGCCAAGAGACGCAGACAUGGCGCUUGCUUGGUUAAGUCGGCAGCCAUGGUACAACAAAUUCAAGCAGACAGCUGUCAAACAGCCGGUGAUUGUUUACAUUGAAGGAAACAUAGGAGUUGGCAAGUCAACGUUACUGAAGAAUUUGGAAGAAAAAGGAUACCUUGUAGUGCAAGAACCAGUUUCCCAGUGGACAAACUAUCAUGGGAUUAAUUUCCUGGAAUUGUACACUCAAGAUAUGCAAAAGUGGGCGUUUACCUUUCAAUCAAUGGUGCUCAGUACAUUGUGGCAGACUCAAUUAGAAGCUAUACAACAAGAAAAUCCUGUCAUCAUCGCAGAGCGAUCUCUACAUAGUGUGGUCAAGAUGUUCGCUAAAACGCAGAAAGACGCUGGAUUUAUAAACGAAGAGCAUGCCACGACAGCCUACCAAAGGAUCCAACAAAGGGCAAGGGAUGAAGAGAACACACUGUCCAAGGAUUACAUCCAACAGCUUCAUCUGAUUCUGGACAACUGGAUGGAGAACGAACCAGGACUUCAUGCAGUUGUGGAUGCCAUAGGAUCUCCAGAGACAGUGCAACAGCAAGUCAUCGAGGCCUUGGGACAGUUACCAAGUUAA